AUGCCCAAUACAUUAAUUUCAAACGAGAGCGUACAUAAUUCAGAGGUCGAUGAAGAGGAAGAAGAAAUAAAUGCGAAGAUUUUUCCAUUAGCUUCUCCAGAAUUAACAAAUCAAAUAUUAGAUGUUAUUCAAAGGGCUACUGUGUAUAGGCAAUUAAAAAGAGGGGCCAAUGAAGCUGUUAAAAGUUUACAUAAGGGAAUAUCAGAAUUAGUUGUUUUGGCUGCUGAUGCUAAACCUUUGGAGAUAAUAUCGCACAUACCGCUAGUAUGUGAAGACAAGAAUACUCCUUAUGUUUAUGUAAGAAGCAAGAUGGCGUUGGGACGAGCUUGCGGAAUUUCACGAUCUGUUAUUGCAACGUCUAUAGUCACAAAAGAUGGAUCACCGUUAGAAACACAAAUUACAGAGCUUAAAGAUUUAAUUGAACAGAUGUUAAUAUGA